AUGUUAAGAAUUUUAAUAAGAAUAAUAAAAAUAAGUAAAAAAGGAAACUUAGCUAUUUUUCUACCAUUUGGGUUUCCUGUUUACAUACGGAAGCAAUUCUCGUUUCGCCCAUCUGCCUCCAGUUUCAAAUCCCUGGCGGAAAAAAUUCACUUGGUGUUAGUCUACCUUGUUGUUGUAAAUGAGCCAAUGCAGGCGAUUGACGUUUUGUCACGAUCACUAAGGUUAUCCAGUCAGACCGUUUCCAAUGUAGCAAAAAUAUAUUAUGUCGACGCAUUUGCUUUCGUAUCGACAUUCCUUGUGAUGCAUUUAAAAGGACUCCAAAAUCAACCUCAAAUAUUCCUGAUACAUAACUCUUAUGAUUUUGUUGUGUGCUCAGCUUAUUUGAUUAAAAUAGCCCAUUUAAGAGCUUUUAGUUACAGAAACUGUGAUAUAAUUAAAGUGGAGGCAUUAUUUCUGCUUACACGUUCCUCCUCAUAUUUCUAUUGUAUUGAAGUUCGCAAUGCGGGAUAUGCUUUAAAGAAAAGCACCGGUUUAUUGCAACUACUACUAAUUUUAAGCUAUAAUACCUCGGGCAAAUUUGAGCAUUCAUUGUGUCGAUUUGUAAAAUAUGGAAGGCAGGAAAAGGUGGGUUGCACAAAUGUUGUAAAGAAUUUGCAGGAAAACAUAACAUUUCGGAAGACCAAUAUAUUUUGUGUGGUCCGUGUGACGUCCCAGCCAUUCAUUUACAUGAGAGUUGAAUGGAACUUAGUGCCAGCUCACACAAUCGUAAAAGCUAUUCAUAAGGCCAGCACAAGCUCUGGAAUUUUUCUAUCUGUUACUAAUAAACUGUGCAUCAAAUAUAAUAAACACAACUCAUGUGGGCUGGCUCUUUCCGAUUCAAAAGAAAAUGUAUUUCUGUCCCCUUCCAUCACAUUAGUAAUGAUCAAGCAUGAAAUGCGAACAAUGAAUGACAAGACAGGAUAA